UCUGCCAUGACCUGAGCAGCAGUAAGGAUGCCAGGGGGCCAGUACCAGGUGUCCACCAGGAGGAAGACUCUCCACAGCCGCUAUAGCCUGUCAGUCAGCUCGUUAGGUCGGCAGGAUGAGGAGGAGGAUACCCCGCCCCUAUGCCUCACCCCCCUGGAGAAGCUCACCAUCAAAAUGUGUCAGGAUGAGCAGACCAUCAAGGAGCUGAUUGUGGGCCGUAGGAUUGGUUUCUACAAGGUCCGUGGUGAGAUCGGCUCUGGAACCUUCUCCCACGUCAAAAUGGCCUUCCACGCCCUCACCAAAGACAAGGUGGCCAUCAAGGUGCUGGAUAAGAUGCGGCUGGACGUUCAGGCCCAGAGGCUGCUCUCCAGGGAGAUCUCCAGCAUGGAGGCCCUGCAGCAUGCCAAUGUGGUGCGUCUGUACGAGGUGGUGGAGUCACACAGCCGCCUCUACCUGGUGCUGGAGUAUGCCGGGGGAGGGGACCUCCACACACACAUCUGCUCCGAGGGCAAGCUGUCAGAAGCCGAGGCCAAGAUCACCUUCGCACAAAUCCUAUCCGCCAUCAAACACAUGCAUGACAAAAACAUAAUCCACCGGGACCUGAAGGCUGAGAAUGUACUGUACACCUGUAAUGGCUGUGUGAAGGUGGCUGACUUUGGCUUCAGCACCAUGGUCACCAACUGCAGCGACACCCUGGACACCUUCUGUGGCUCUCCCCCCUACGCCGCACCUGAACUCUUCAGGGACGAGUGCUAUGUGGGUCCGCCAGUGGACGUAUGGGCCAUGGGUGUCCUGCUCUUCUUCAUGGUGACUGGCACCAUGCCCUUCCGAGCCGACACCAUUGGCAAGCUGAGGCUUGCUGUUAUAGGGGGGGUCUACACCCUCCCGCCCUGGGUGCCAGGCCCAUGCCAGCGGCUGAUCCGGGGCAUCCUGAAGCCUGUGCCAGCGGAACGCUAUGCGGUGGACCAGAUGCUGGGCUGUGACUGGCUGCUUCCUGUGGAGUACCCGUGGACUGUGGUGCCACCGUUCCCCCUCAACCCUCUGCGCCUAGCGGAUGCAGAGCCAGGGGAGCUGGAUGAUGAGGAGGAGGAGAUCAGGGCCUCCCUGGAGGAGCUGGGUGUCAACAUGGAACACAUACGCAACAACGAGGGCAAGGAUAGCCGCAGCCCCAUCACCGGACUUUACCGCAUCCUCUUACACCGCGCCCAGAAAAGGCGUGGCGCCGAGACUGUGCCCGUGGUCGGAGGGUUGAUCCGGGACCCUAAGAGAGAGGGCCUCCGAGCCUACAGAGGUCUGAUGCACUCCUCCAGGUUAUGUGUCCUUCAGUAAGUGACCAGCUUGGACAUAGGUCCUUUGAACAUUCACUCAGGGUCAUACAGCUACAAAUGUUCUAUUGCACUUUGGGAUGAAAGUAUGAAUGUAACAUAGGAACCUCUGUAUAUGAACAGUUGUGGAGGAUUGAUGUCUCUAACAAAGUAAGAUUGUUAUUUGAAAUCUUUUGAAGCUGAAAUAGAGGUGUAAACGUGCCUGAUGAAAUAAUGAGUCCCAUCAAAAUGAAUUUAAAAAGCACCAUUUUUAGUAUAUAAAUGAUACUUAUAUACUUUUAUUCAUAGCAGAACAGACAGCAUGAAAUAUGAAGAAUGUGCUGAAAGAGCAUUGCUUUUAGACAACUCCUUAGUUGUUUGAUGAGACAUCGAUAGUCUCUGAAA